CCUGCCAGGCUUCGCUCCGAUGAGCGCCACCCGUUCGAUUUCUUCCUGGGAAAGCGCCGCACCUCAAAUCUGCAAGAUACCUUAUUUGGAAGCUAAAUCUAUCUUCUUAAUCCAUUUCCACGUGAUUUGGAUCAAUUUGCCUGCAUCUUCGUCGACAAAGAUGGAAGUGCAUUGAUCGUUUUGCGCCGGAAAAGAUUGAAUCUUUGCCGACGUUUUGAGUCGGCAAGUUGCAAUCUCUAGCUUCCGUUAGGCGUCUCUGAUAUCGGAUUUUAGGGUUUUCAGCAAUCCGUCAAAAUUCCGUCGCGGAGGCGAUCGGCGUGCACCCCUCUCCUCCACCCUCUGAUCUCCCGGAGAAGCGGAGAUGAGCUGGUGCACCCCCGGCAUCUGUGGACCAGGGUCCGCACGCUGAGCCUGCUGAUGGUGCGGUUCCUCAAACGGGGGCACGGCGCCGGGAAGCCCUACGAUGAGGAGCGCGACGAGGGGUGCGGCGCCGCCGUGCGCCAGGCGGAAAGUCCGAUACUGGAGGACGUGAGCUGGGAUGUCCCGGCUUUCGACGACUACGACGACGAUGACUACGGCGUCCUCUUCCAGGACCAAGGGGAGCCCGCCGCCGGCCGCCCCCGCAAGGCGCCGCUUAUCGGAGAUGAAACGCCUUCGGAAAUCGAACUGUUUAAGGACAGGUACGCAAAGCUGCUGCUUGGCGAAGACAUGUCCGGUUGCGGCAAAGGAGUUCCAUCGUCUCUUGCUCUGUCCAACGCCAUCACCAACCUCGCCGCAUCUAUUUUCGGCGAACACUCGCGGUUAGAGCCGAUGUCUGCUGAAAGGAAAGCGAGGUGGAGGAGGGAGAUGGACUGGCUUCUAUCUGUUACUGAUCACAUUGUUGAGUUUGUUCCUUCCAGGCAGACAUCAGAGGAUGGAGCUACCAUAGAGAUUAUGAUAACUCAGCAACGCGGAGAUCUUCAAAUGAACAUCCCCGCGCUUCGCAAGCUAGAUGCGAUGCUCAUUGGCUCCCUCGACGACUUCGAGGACCAGACCAUGUUUUCGUAUGUCUCAAGAGAUGCUGAUGAAUCGGAGAAGGGAAAUGCUCGAAGGGACGGCGAUAAAUGGUGGCUUCCUACGGUGAGAGUCCCGCUCGGCGGACUCUCAGAGUCAUCCAGGAGAUGGAUUCAGUUACGGAAGGAUUCAGCUACACAGGUACACAAGGCAGCCAUGGCAAUCAAUGCUCAAGUUCUCAUGGAGAUGGAGGUGCCUGAAGCCUAUGUCGAAUCUCUUCCUAAGAAUGGGAGGGAAAGCCUAGGAGAUACGAUCUACAAAAGCAUCACAGACGAUGUCUUCGACCCCCAAGAAUUCCUCGGAAGGAUGGACUUGUCGACGGAGCACAAGAUUCUCGACCUGAAAAACAGAAUCGAGGCCUCGGUUGUGAUAUGGAAGAGGAAAAUGCAGGACAAAGAAAGCAAGCCCUCGUGGGCUUCGGCAGUCAGUUUGGAGAAGAGGGAGCUGUUCGAAGAGAGAGCUGAGAUAAUCUUGAUUCUCAUCAAGCAAAGGUUUCCCGGCAUCCCUCAAUCGGCACUCGAUAUAAGCAAGAUCCAAUACAACAAAGAUGUAGGACUAUCGAUCCAAGAGAGCUACUCGAGGAUCUUGGAAAGCUUAGCUUUCAUGUUGAUUUCACGAAUCGACGAUGUUCUUUACGCGGAUUCUAUCGCUAGGGGUCCAACCACCAAAUGUCUAAAGGGAAGACAAUCCCCGCCUAACGUGGAGGCAAAGACGGGACAUGCGAAGGUGCCCCCCGAAGUGAAGGCCGGCAAGAAGUUUUCUUACACGGAGCACGUAGGAGUCGCUAGAAGUCCUACCGCUCGCCAUUGAGGGGGUACAAGAACCUCUCGAUUGUGUUCAUGGUAGAUAGAGCCUUUGUAGGUCUUACGAUUUCAUUUACUCUUCCAUGCUUGUCGGCCCACUACUGAACUGUGAUGCAUCAUUCAAUCCAUUGCAUCGAAUGUUUUG